UCUCCAACCUUCAUUUCAUUUCUCACCUAUAUACUCACACAACAAAAGGGACAAACCCCCCAGAACCCACUUUUUUUGUUCUUCAAAUCUCUGUCGAAUAGGAAAAAAAAAUGAAUCGUUUCUGGACUUUGAUGUCUGGUCUCCAUCAAUUAGCCGGACCGAUGACAAUGUUAUUGUAUCCGCUAUAUGCCUCUGUUGUGGCUAUCGAGAGUUCAUCAAAAGAAGAUGAUCAACAGUGGCUAUCUUACUGGAUCUUAUAUUCAUUUUUAACCCUCAUGGAAAUGCUUCUUCAGCCACUUCUCGAAUGGAUACCAAUAUGGUAUGAUGUGAAGCUGAUAGCAGUAGCGUGGCUGGUGCUGCCACAGUUCAGGGGAGCUGCUUUCAUUUACAAUAAAUUUGUAAGAGAAAAAGUGAUCAAGAAAUACUACCCUAAUAUUGGACAAUCAUCAUCAGGAGCAAGCAGUAGUUUACAUUACAAUAAGUCGUCUUCACCUAAUGGAAAGAUGAAGAGCAAACUUGCUGAUCUGAUUUCUCCUAAGAAAUCUAGUUAAUCUGUUGUUGUUGUUGUUGGUUGUGGAAUAGUUUAGUGGGGUUGUUAAUUGACAAAACUGAUCUUGGUGUAACCUUCUUGUGAUUUGAUGAUGUUUUGGUGCCUUUUCUUAAUCUAAUGUAAUAAUAUUAUGAUCUUGAGUGGUUUUA